AUGUCUGUGUCGAGUAAAUUUGGAAGGAUAUCGAAUCAAUUGAUUUUCGCAAGAUCGAUUUCUAUAUCUCAACCGCCAACUUCAGUGUCAGGAUCAAAUCUUUCCAAUACAGUAACUGAAAAUCAUAAUAUAAAAGAUGUCGAAUUACUAGAAAGUAUAAAGACUCUAGAAACAGCUGAAUUUAAAGCUUUAGGUAAUCCCCAAUCAAUAUUAUCAGUCAAUUCACCCCCUUCCGUACCUGUAUAUGUUAGAAGAGGUUCAUUGCUUUCAAUUUAUGGUUUCAAUAACUCAUCAAUACUGGCAGUUAAAAGUCAUUUAGAAGUAAUAGAUCCAUUCAGACGUUAUCUUUAUGGAGGCUAUGUAUCAAGUUAUCAAAAAUUGAUUUCCACAACUCCCUUUUCAUUAUUAAUUUCAUCAAUUUCUCGAAAUUUCAGUUUAUUUAAAAAAUCAGAAAAUAAAACAUUUGUCAAUUUAGCAUUAGAUGGAUCUACUGAUUGGGCUAUCUUAAAUAAAGAUGCUUUGCAAGUGUUCACAGGGAAUUCAUUAAACAUUGGAUUGUAUCAUUUACCAUCAACAAUUUCAAAAAGAUUAUCAAAACAAUUAAAUAUAAGUCAAAAAACUUCAACUGGAUUAUCAACAUGGAGUAGAUUAGGUUAUACAUUAUUAACCGGAAGAGGACAAGUUGGAUUGGUUGGAAAUGGAUCCAUCUAUAAUAUAAAUUUACAACCUGGUGAAGAAUUAUUAAUUAAUCAACAAAAUCUAUUAGGGAUAACCGUUAAUGGACCUUAUGAUUUACAAAAUUGUGUUAUAAAAUAUUCAUUUCCUGUUGAUUCUAGUAAUAAACUGGAAUUAAUCAUUCAAAAACAAGCACCAAGUCUUAGCCUAUUAGGUAUAAUAAGAUCUAAUGCAACUGCCGCAUCAAAAUUCAGACAAUAUGGUCAAUUAUUAUCAUCAUAUUUCUCAACUAUAUUUUCAUAUUUUUCUAAAGGAAGAAAUUCAAGUUAUAACUUUUUAGUUGGAAAUCAAGAUUUUGUUAAAGUCAUUGGACCUAGAAACAUCUUAUUACAAUCAUAUACAUCAGAUACUACUUAUAUCAGUCCAUCUAAAUCUUCUUUACCACCUCCAUCAGUUGAUGGUUCAACCUUUGAUAAAUUGAAAAGCACUUCUUCUGAUUAUUUAAGUUAUGUUACUGUAAAACCAGGCAAAUCAGUUGAAUUUAAAAGUACCCCCAGAUUUUAG